CCGACCUCGUUACAGAUUGUGCUCUCUCUCUCUCUCUCUCUCUCUCUCUCUUGGGCGAUUCUUCAUCGCAGCGUGAGAGAUGGCGGCGGCGACGGCAGCAGGAGGUGGUGGGAAGGUCUCGUUCAAGGUGAUCCUGACAUCCGAUCCGAAGCUACCCUACAAAGUUUUCAACGUACCUGAGGCGGCGCCCUUUACUGCGGUGCUAAAGUUUGCGGCAGAGGAGUUCAAGGUCCCUCCUCAGACCAGCGCCAUCAUCACCAAUGAUGGUGUGGGAAUUAACCCGCAACAAAGUGCUGGUAAUGUGUUUCUGAAGCAUGGCUCAGAGUUGCGUCUCAUACCUCGCGACAGAGUUGGAGGGAGCGUAUCGGACGGUUACUGCUACUAAUUUUUCAGCACUUUGGAGUCUGCCUCUGCGACUACGAGAGGUUAAAAGGCAUCAAUCAUGUGGUAACUAUAUCAUGGGUGCUUGUAAAAUCUAGCGUAGAAUGAUUUCCAAUAUUUAUGUAUUGGAUUAUAGUAAGAGUUGAAAAUGCAACAUGAGCCUAAUAAAAAUAACUCUUUACCUGAUCUGUUUGAUUGAU